AGGAAGACUCCCUCCUGCCCUGUCUCAGCAGGGGCCGGGCAGGGGGCCAUGUCCCUCAUCCCAUGGCUUCGGUGGAAUGAAGGCCGGCCGUCAUCCCGGAGGCCAGCUGAGAUGGUGCUGGAGACGCUCAUGAUGGAGCUGGCAGGGCAGAUGCGAGAGGCAGAGAGGCAGCAGUGGGAGCGCAGCAAUGCGGUCAGGAAGAUCUGCACUGGAGUGGACUACAGCUGGCUGGCCAGCACGCCCCGGCCCACCUACGACCUCAGCCCUGGCGAGCGGCUGCAGCUAGAGGACGUCUGUGCCAAGAUCCACCCGUCCUACUGUGGGCCUGCCAUCCUCAGGUUCCGGCAGCUGUUAGCUGAGCAGGAGCCCGAAGUGCGGGAGGUGUCCCAGCUCUUCCGCUCGGUGCUGCAGGAGGUCCUGGACAGAAUGAAGCAGGAGGAGGAGGCCCGCAAGCUGACGAGCCAGUGGAGCCUGCGGCCCCGCGGCAACAUAGCGCUGGCCACCUUCAAGACCCGCGCGCGCAUCUCUCCCUUCACCAGCGACAUACGGACCAUCUCGGAGGAUGUGGAGCGGGACACGCCGCCGCCACUCCGUACCUGGAGCCUGCCCGAGUUCCGGGCGCCCAAAGAGGACUGA